AUGGGGCUCUCUCUUGUCUGGCCGUUUCUAGCCGGCGCUGCCUUUUUUGUGCUCCUGGGUACCGCCGCCGGAUCCCACAGUCUUUCUUACAACAUGACAGUGCUGUCCCGGGAUGGCUUUGUGCAGCCCAGGUUUUUUGCUGGGGGAUACCUGGAUGGUCAGACCUUCCUGAACUACGAUCACAAGAAAGGCAGGGCAGAGCUCCGGGGACGGUGGGCUGAAAGGCUGGGAGCAGAGACGUGGGAGACAGUGUCCAAGGACUUGAAAGAGACCUGUAAGGAGCUCAGAAAACUUCUAGCAGAAAUCCUGUCCCUUCAGGAAGAGAAAAGAGGCUUACAUUCCCUCCAGGAGACCGUGGGCUGUGAGAUCCGUGAAGACAGCCGCGCCCGGGGCUUCCGGCUUCUCCACUUCAAUGGCGAGCUCCUCCUCUCCUGUUACCAGGAGGCCCACGGAUGUACCCUGCCCCAGUCCUCGGCUCGGACCUUGGCCAUGGAAAUGGAGAAGUCCUGGGACACAGACGGCUUUCUAAGCAAGCAUUACCGGGCCCACAUGCAGGGAGAACUUUGUAGAGGAUUACGGGUCUACCUGGAAUCCUGGACGGGCUUCAUGGAGAGGACAGUGUCCCCAGCCGUGAAUGUGACCCGCAGCCAGGACUCGGAGGGCAUGGUCCACCUCACAUGCAGGGCUUUUGGCUUCUUUCCCCGGAAUAUCUCAGUGGCCUGGUUUCGGGAUGAGGAACCCAUGAGCCGGGAUGCCCUGGAGUCUGGGGGUAUCCUGCCUGACGGGAACGGGACCUACUAUACCUGGAAAACCAUAAUAAUUCCCCAAGGAGAAGAGCAGCGGGUCAAGUGCCUUGUGGAACACAAUGGGAAUCACAGUACACACCUCGCACCCUUGGGAAAGACCCUGGUGCACCAGAGAUCAUGGUGGAUUGUGAGCAUUCCUGUUGCUGUUGUUUUUAUCAUCGGAUUUUGUGUCUCUUGUUAUAUUAAGAAGAGGAAGACAGUGUCAGCUACAGGGAGGCCAGAGCCUAUUAGCCUACAAGACCGGGAUCAAUUCCAGACGGAGCCAACUGAUCAUAAUGGCCUCACACACCCAGAAUUUCAGUCCUCGUGUCAGACUCAGCUCCUCAGUUUAACAGGGGAAGCUUAG